AUGAAGGGUUCCCCCUUGUUCCUCUGCCUCUUCUUCAUGGCCUGCUGCUUGAAUUUGAUGCCGACAGCUGAGAAUAAAAUCUUCCACUUUGGACCCUGCAGGGUGUCCAUGAGCAUGACUGAGAUUAGGUCUGGUUUCAAUGCAAUUAAAGCCAACAUUCAAGCCAGAGACCCCAUCAGAACCCUCAGCAUCUUGUCUCACCCACAUUCUCUGCACAAGGUUAAGUCUUCAGACAGAUGCUGCAUCACCCAUCACCUCUUCAACUUCUACGUGGACAAGGUUUUCAAACACUGCAGGACCGAGGAUUCGUACGUGAACCGAAAGAUCAGCAGCAUCGCCAACUCUUUCCUUAGCAUGAGGAGGAAGCUCAGGCAGUGUCACGAGCUAAAUCAGUGCACGUGUGGACAGGAGUCCACUGAGAAAUUGAAGCAGGUACUUGUGAACUACGAGGGGCUGAAUGUGACAUCGGCAGCAAUCAAAUCCCUGGGUGAGCUGGACAUCCUGCUAGACUGGAUGGAGAAGGCUCCUUAG